GAUUGAGCCAGAAACCGGGCAUGUGCCCCGACUGGGAAUUGAACCGUGACCUCCUGGUUCGUAGGUCAAAGUUCAACCGCUGAGCCCCGCGGCUGGGGGAGAGUUAUUCUUGGAUGCCCCUCAUCAUUCCCGGCUCUGCUCCCCCCACCGCGGCCCCCCGUGGCUGGGUGUGGGUGGCGAUGAACGACAUCGGGGACUACGUGGGCUCCAACCUGGAGAUCUCAUGGCUGCCCAACCUGGACCACCUGAUGGAGGGCUACGCCCGGAACUUCCGCCCCUGCAUCGGAGGCCCCCCUGUGAAUGUGGCGCUUGCCAUCGAGGUAGCCAGCAUCGACCACAUCUCCGAGGUGAACAUGGAGUACACCAUGACCGUGUUCCUGCACCAGAGCUGGCGGGACGGCCGGCUGUCCUACAACCACACCAAUGAGACCCUGGGCCUGGACAGCCGCUUCGUGGACUGGCUCUGGCUCCCCGACACCUUCAUCGUCAACGCCAAGUCCGCCUGGUUCCAUGACGUGACCGUGGAGAACAAACUCAUCCGGCUGCAGCCCGACGGGGUGAUCCUGUACAGCAUCCGAAUCACCGCCACGGUGGCCUGCGACAUGGACUUGGCCAAGUACCCGAUGGACGAGCAGGAGUGCACGCUGCACCUGGAGAGCUGUGAGUGCCGGCGGCUCCGGGUGGGACCUUGCUGUGGGCGGGCAGGGGGCUCGGGCUGGCUGGGUCCUCCCCGUGCCGCUGGCCUGGCUCAGGGGCAGGGAGUGACGGGGACGGGCAUCCAGGGAGCCUUCCCUCGGCUCAGCCUGUACUUCCACCUGCGGAGGAACCGGGGCGUCUACAUCAUCCAGUCCUACAUGCCCUCGGUGCUGCUGGUCGCCAUGUCCUGGGUCUCCUUCUGGAUCAGCCAGGCGGCCGUGCCUGCCAGGGUGUCCCUAGGCAUCACCACGGUGCUGACCAUGACCACCCUGAUGGUCAGCGCCCGCUCCUCCCUCCCGCGGGCGUCGGCCAUCAAGGCGCUGGACGUGUACUUCUGGAUCUGCUACGUGUUCGUCUUCGCCGCGCUGGUGGAAUACGCCUUCGCCCACUUCAAUGCCGACUACCGGAGGAAGCAGAAGGCCAAGGUCAAGGUCACGGAGCGGAGGGCAGAGGUGAGGACAGGCUGUGCCGGUUCCCCGGAGCUCAGGACCCAGGACAGCUCCCACCCCUCAAAACACAGGGUGCUGGGGUGGCCGGCUGUCUCAGUGCAGAACCCAAGCCCCCACUGCGGGCAGCGUUUCCGUCUGAGGAGAGCAGCCCCACCCCCGCUGACACCCCGCCAGCUCCUGCGCCGCCUGCACUUUGGGGCGCCCUCAGCUCCCAAUCACGUGGCCUUGUCCUCUGCGUGUCCUCUCCACGUGUGA